AUGGAUAUACGGGCUUUCUUUGGAAAAAAACGAAGACUUGAGGAGCAAAUUGACCACGAAAAACCUAACUGUUCAAAACAGGUGGAAGCACCAAAUACAAUCGCUACUCCUAGUUCCGUAGCAACAGGUAACGUUAGCUAUGGUAUUCCGUCUGAUAUUGCACAAAUCGGAGAACCAAUAGAACAAGUUGUUUUAGACACAUAUCCAAAACAACACAACAGGGCCUUUGUUUCCGAUUGGUUCAAGCGUUAUAAAUGGUUGCAGUAUUCUGUCGAGAAAGAUGCUGCUUUUUGCUAUCCAUGCCAGCAAUUUUUACCUCAUGGAAGCAAACAGACUUCGUACACUUCCACAGGAUUUAGAAACUGGAAAAAUGCCACUGAUUCUAAAACUGGUUUUCCAAAACAUGAAAAAUCAAUUUCUCAUAUUCAAGCUAUGUCGAUGUGGCAGGAGAAAUUACAAAGAAUAUCUACAUCUAGCAGUGUUGAAACGUUAAUAAAUCAAAAAGUAUUAGAAAAAUAUAGGUAUUAUGUAAAGUCUAUCAUGGAAGUAAUACAAUUUCUAAUUGUCAACGAAUUAGCUUUGCGUGGAAAUUAUAUUUUGGAAGAAGAAAAAGAACAAGGAUUAUUUCAGAAUUUAUUUGAAUACACAUGUAUGAAAGAUCCAAAUUUGAACGAGGUUCUCACUCAUAUACCACAAAACGCAACAUAUCGUUCACCCGAAAUUCAAAAUCAAAUAAUUCAAGCAAUGGUUCAAGCGGUACGAAGUUCCAUUGUCAAAGAUAUUAAUGAAUCUGACGUGAAAUGGUUUACUCUAAUGGAAGAUGGGACGAGAGAUAAAAAUAACCGCGAAAAUAUUGCAUUAGCAAUACGCUACGUCAAGGAUGGUGUCGUCAAUGAGUCGUUGCUGAUGGUUAAGACUACUGAAAAUCUUGAUGCAGCCACUUUCACGGAAUUAACGUUAAAUACUCUCACGGAAAAUAACAUUGACCCCUCUUGUAUGCUUAGCCAAUGCUAUGAUGGCGCAAGUACGCAGCUUUGCAAGCCCGAAGCGCAGGAUUAA